GUUGUUUCUUUAACGAUCCUUACCGCUAAAUAACAAAUUCAAAGUACAUUUGUGACAUUUUGAGGAUGGGUUGCUGUUUAUCAGAAGAAGUAAAGCAGCAUGAAGAUGGAGAAACCAAGCCCAAAUACAGCUGGGAGAGAGAAGAAAGAGUGGACCGUAGCUUGCUCAUGGUGUGCAAACAAGAGGGUGGUGUAGUGACUAGACUACCAGGACAACUCAACGGGAAGCAGUUCAUUGCACAGGAGUGCACACAGACCACCAUUCUAGUGCUUGACCACACCGAGACUGUCACCAUUGAUAGGUGCACUGACUGUCAGAUUAUAGUGGCUCCUUGCAGAACAAGUGUGUUUCUCCGUGACUGCUCCAACUGUGUCUGUGUGGUGGCCUGUCAGCAGCUGAGAACCAGAGACUGUAAGAAGUGUACUCUCUCCCUCCUCUCCACCACCCCUCCCGUCAUAGAGGCCUCCUCUAAAAUGACCUUCUCCUGCUACCAGUGCAGCUAUCCCCAACUGAGAGGUUUAUUUGACUCUGCUGGACUGAGUGUCUUCAACAAUUCUUGGAGCACUAUCCAUGACUUCACAGGUGGCACAGGUGGUGGUAACUGGUCGAUAGCCUCGGGGGAUAACCCUGUAAGGAUUGACCUGCCAGCUGAGGUUGCAGACGUUGGGGUCAGUUUCAGUGCAGAGGACAGCAUAGUGCCACUGACUGUGGGUCCUAAGCAGAGACCCCCAGAUGAGUGUUGUCUGGUUGUAUUCUUCGAUACUGAAGAAUCUGAUGCUCCAGUUGUGAGAUUUGUGUCCGCCUUGAGAGGCAAAAUGACUCUGGUACACACGAAGAGGGUACAGCUGGCCAGUCACGAAGCAGAGAGAGUGUUCCCUAGCAACCAGGAGUUAGCCUCAAGAUCCAGCAAAGGUCGUGUGAUUUUCUUGGAGGUGGCUGGAAGUGAUUGCUCCCAGCUGUGUGCUCAGGCUACAGGUUCCCUUGGAGACAGUGCGUAUGUGUCCCCUACAGUGGAGCAGGGAAAAGCAGAUGUGGACGCUUUCAUUAGCUAUCUAGAGACCAAUGUUGGAAUGUAGCCUCUAGGUGAUUUAGUAGUACUCUCUGUGCUGUACAGCAUAGUUUCUGCAAACCGAUCACUUAUUAAAUUUAUGAUGUGUAUUGAUUGUUACA